CGCACGGCGACCGACUAUGUGUAGCGCACAUGUCGGAAGUUCGAAGCUGCCACGACGCAUGUAGGAGGUGCGCAUUAUUGGACUGGGCAGUCUGAAGUCACUUAGAAAAUGGUAUAGAGCUGCUGCCAAUGGUUGCGAUUCAUGGAGUGCAUGAUUGAUGAUUAGCAUCACUCGGUGGUAAGUCGGGAAAUUUCGAUUGGAGAAGGCGAGGGGCUGACUAGGCAGAGGAGCUACAGUGUCGGUCAGAGCUAGGGUUACAUGUGAUAGAUGCAUAAAUGCUGGAGCUUUAAGGUUUUUUGGGGUUUCGGGCUUUCCUAAUGGUUUGAUCAAGGUUGGGAGUUCGUGGUCUCGGAUGUGUGAGACAUCGCAUGGGAGCCAUGGCGGAGCAGCGUCAGUGGAACUGGGUAAUCGCGUCGGUGAGUUUAGUGCUCUUGUUGCACUUGGGGUCAGUUGUGUUGGCCUUAGAUGAGGAGAGUGUCUGUCCUAGCUACCCCGUGGAUACCACAUGGAAGAAUAGCAUCAAAGACGAUGAAAUCCCCGCAGUUGAACUGCGAAUUGCGAAAAGCCUGCGCAUUAUGGCCGGCACCUUCAUGCAAGGGCCGCAUGUUUUACUCACCAAGUCGGAGAGUGUGUCCGACAAUAACCAGGUGCAAGGCGUGCGUCUUGUGGUAAUGAAAUCCGACUUAACAGAUUCCCGCAAUGUGUUCGGGGUGACUGUCAUGGUAACUCUAGGGUUUUGGCCGAAGUACUCGUCGGUGGGGUUACGGGGGGGAGGCAGGGGAAAGCCUCAGAUGGCUUCCACGGGAGAUGUGACGAUCGUUGGCCAGGGGACGUUUCACGAAGGAACAGGGGAUCUUUGCGUUGUUGGGUGUAUUGGCUCCGUUUGCAAGUACAAGCUCAAUUUGACAUACCCUUCGCCUAGGACCAUCCACCGAGUUUCCGCUCUCGGGUCUUUGUCUAGCAUCGCUGAAUCCAGUGACCCGGUGUACUUCGAUCCCGUUUCGAUCCACUCCAUCAUUGAUGGGCCGUUCCAGUACACGAUGAAUUCUACUCUUCAGAUCGAGUGUAGCAAGUUGGAACCGGAUGUUAGUAGUGGAAAGCUGUGGCACGAGGAGAAGGUUUGCAAUGGUGGAUGGGCGUCUUCUUACCAGGCAUGGUUUUCUCAGGCAUUUGAAUUGGAUUGGAAUCCAGCAUGUGAGGGCGCGAAUUGUGGUCCUUUUGCGGAAGUGGGGAAGGGUAUGGCUGGCAACACCUCGUCUCUGAGAUUCCACAGAGUUCGCUGCAAUGGCGAUCGUAUUCAAGGAAUUCUAGUUGUCACAAAUUUUCCAUCGCCCAUCGACCCUUUUGCGGAUCCCACCGCUUCAGAUGGAAUGCUGAUUGCAGAAGGCACCUGGGACUCAAGGACCGGCAGGCUGUGCAUGAUUGCCUGCCGUCUCUAUGGAACGGAAGAUUGUCGGAUUGUGGUGUCAAUGCAAUUCCCGUUGACCUUCACGGUGUCGCAGAGAUCCUCGGUGAUAGGUAGCAUCAAAAGCCUCCGCACACAGGAUGAUCCAUCUUAUUUCCUCCAAAUCCGCUUCAGGCAGAUCCAAUCGGGACUGCAAUUUACAAGAUUCACGAGCGUCAAAAAUCCGCCGGAGUAUAAGUACACGAAGGUUGCCACUGCAAUGAAACUUUGUGACUUGGAUGAUAAGAAGUCUUCCAGCAGUUACCCCAGUGGUGCCAGUUGGCGUGAUAUUGAGUUCCAUGGUGUGAAAGAUGGGUCAAAGGGUCUCACGCUUGGGAGCACUUUUGUGAACUUGAAUCUCUUUACAGUCGGCGAUCAAUUUAGAACAUAUGGGCAGUUACAUGGCACAUCCGGAAAUGUGACUGGGUUAGGCAAUCAAGGGAUAAUAAAUGUAAGUUAUUCCAUUUUCUAUCAAAUUGGAAACGAGAGGACUUUCGAUUCGACGAUGGCGGCGGAGGGCAUAUAUGACUCUGGCACUGGGAAGCUCUGUUUGAUCGCGUGUCGAAGGGUGGAUUUGAAGAUGAAGCAGCUGCAGGGAUUAGAGAAUGAGAAAGAUUGUGAAGUCUCCAUCAUCGUCCAGUUGCCACCGACUGAGUCUACGGAAGUUCUCAAGGGCACUGUGAAGAGCCUACGCAUUCCUUCUGAUCCACUCUACUUCAAGCAAGAAACAUUUUCUGGGAAUGUGCGCAUUCAGACAGAGGAGAACGUGUGGCGUGUGGACCUUGAAAUCGUGAUAAGCGUUGUCAUGCUCUCCCUCACUGUCGUGUUUAUCAUAUUGCAACUGGUUUACAGCAAAAAGUAUCCCGAAACAUUGCUUUACAUCUCAACCUCCAUGUUGCUGCUUCUCAGCCUGGCGCACAUGAUUCCCUUGAUUCUAAACUUCGAGGCUCUGUUCCAGAAGAAGAAGAAUGACUACAGAGUGGUGGGAAGGACUGCUGGGUGGCCGGAAGUGAACGAAGUCGUCGUUCGUCUUAUAACUAUGGCUGCCAUGCUGCUCCAACUUCGACUGCUGCAGCUCGUGAUGAAAGCGAGGAUCAAGGCAAGGGCUACUGGCGAUUUGGCAGCAGCCGUCCAAGAGAGACGUGUGCUAUACGUUAUUCUUCCUCUGUAUAUCGUGGGUGGGCUCAUCUCGGUUUUGUUCCACGCUUUGUUUGGUUUUAGACCCAAUGAGCCCGAGUUUUUGUGGACGGGAAAUGAUGGUGGACUGUGGUGGGCUAUCAAGGCCUACGGUGGCCUCCUGUUGGAUUUCCACCUUUUCCCUCAAGUAGUUGGAAACAUUCUGUGGGGUGCUAAAGAGCAAGCCCCAUUAUCACGGCCCUUCUACUUCGGAAUGGCUCUUGUGCGUUCGCUGCCGCACAUCUACGACCUCUGUCGGAUGUUCAAAUUCAUUCCCGCUGCCCCCAACAUGUAUAUGUAUGCCAAUCCUGAGUGGGAUUUCUACUCCAUUACGUCGGAUAUUCUCAUUCCUUCUGUCAUUCUUCUUCUGGCUAUCUUGGUUUACAUGCAGCAGCGGUGGGGUGGCCAAUGCUUGCUUCCUCGGCGAUGGCGCAGCAGAUUUGAGUACGAAAUGGUUGAUGCUGCUCCAAUUUAGCUCUAGGUUUGAGGGGAAUUUAUAAAACGAUAGGUUGAGGCUAGUUUAGUGAGGAGCAAUAGAUUUGUAAUUCGAAGAGAGCGAACGUGUAGGAAUUUAUUCAGAAGUUGUGAUAUAGUGAUGAGGGUACUUCCAGUAAGUUUAUGCUGUUCCACUCAUGAAUUUAUUGCUUUAUCUCAUAAAGUUGUCUGAUGAUAUGUGGCGGUUUAGUUUUUCAUCGUCUCAUCAAACGAAUGAUUUUAAGUGGUAGUGUUUUUCAGUAUUUCAAGGGCAUUUUAGUGAUUUUCAUUUU